AUGUUAAGAGAUGUCAGAUAUAGUCCAAGUGCUGACUGUGGUGAGCACAAGGGCUAUUGUCUAUGUUUCAUGUGUCCUGUUUUGUAUGUGUGUCCUGUCCUCGUUCCUUGUCUAUGUAGUGUGUCUAUGGAAAGUCCUGCUGUAGCCUACGGUUACAGUGGGGCUAUUUCCACUUUAUGUGUUUUGGAUAUCGACGACGAUGGAUUAUGUUUUAUGUUUUAUGUUGUGUGA